AUGACCGACCCGUUGAUUGAAAAACUUGAGCGCGGCUAUGCAGCACAGCAGAAUGGUGACCCGUCUCUGGCCGAGGCCAACUAUCGCGAAGUGCUGAUUCAGGACAACAACAAUCUUCAUGCGCUCAACCUGUUAGGUAUGCUCUUUGUCAAUAGCGGUCGCAGCGAAAAAGCAAUUGAGUAUAUUUCGCGGGCCCUAUCGUUAGAGCCUGACGAGCCCCAGGCACAUGCCAAUAUCGGGCUGGCUUACAAAGAUCUCGGACAAUCUAAGAAGGCAAUUGAACACUUUCGCCGAUCGAUUGCGCUUAAUCCAAGUAACCCAGUCGUCCAUAACAACCUGGGCAACGUUCUGCGUGUACAAGAACGGCCCAAAGUCGCGAUUGAGUCCUAUCAAGACGCACUGAAACUCAACCCACAGUUCGCUGAGUGUUGGAGCAACCUGGCGGCCGCGCUGAACGAAUCAGAACAGUUCGAUGCGGGGUUGCGCGCAGUCGGCCGGGCUUUGCAGCUAGAGCCUUGCCUUGCUCAGGCGCACAACAACCUGGGCGAUCUCUUGUUGAGUCAGGCGAAGUUUGCCGCCGCCUUGGACAGCUAUACCAAAGCCACUGAGCUAAGUCCGAAGUACGUCGCUGCCCUGAUCAAUAUGUCCAGGGUUCAACGUGAUAUGGAUUCACCUGAUGCAGCGUUGCAGACUUUGCGUGGCGUGCUGGAGAUCGAACCCAACAACCCCGACGCGCAUCAUGUGAUGGGUGUGCUGUUCGAGCAGAUGGGUGAUCGGGAACAGGCCGCCAGCUCUUUCAAGCUGGCCAUCGCUAGCGCGCCUCAGAUGGCCGUUUCGCACUAUUAUCUGGCUCAGUUACGCGGACGCCAGUCCAGCGAUGAAGAGCUGAACAACAUGCGCCGGCUGUGGGAUAGCGCCGAUCUACCGUCAGGACAAAGGAUGUACCUUGGUUUCGGCUUGUACCGAGCAUAUGAGCAACGUGGUCACACUCGUGCAUUCGACUACUUGGUCGAAGGUAACCGCAUUCAGGCCGAGUUGGGCCCUUACGAUGAUCAGCAGACCGCAACGUAUCUCGAUGGCAUUCUGAGCGCGUCGCGCCUGGCAAGCCGACAGCUUGCCGGUGGUGGUGGCUUGGCUGACCAGCGACCGGUAUUUAUCAUGGGAAUGCCGAGAUCGGGCACCAGCCUUACCGAACAAAUCGUGGCUAGCCACAGCCAGGUGGCCGGUGCCGGUGAGCUCAGUUAUGGCUACGACACCAUUCAUCGCAUUCGCGAAAUGACCGGAGAGAAAUUCCCUGAGAACGUGGCCAUGCUCAAAGCAAGACAGUUCCAGCUGUUGGGUGAGUACUAUCUGGCACAGCACAGUGAAGCCAACUUAGCUGCGCGCUAUGUGGUCGACAAAACGCCAUUGAAUUUCCAGUAUGUGGGCGUGCUUGCUCUGGCGCUGCCCGAGGCGAAAUUUAUCCACUGUCACCGCGAACCGGUCGCCAACUGCUUUGCUAUUCAUCGGAUGCCAUUUGACCAAAAGCAGACCUACGCUCACGACCAGCAGGCAUUGGGAACCUACUACCAACGCUACUGGCACCUGAUGCAGCAGUGGCAUGCGCUGUUCCCGGGACGUGUUCUGGAUAUCUGUUAUGAGGAUACCGUCAACGAUGUUGAACGGCAGAGUCGCCGGCUGCUCGAUUUUCUCAACCUGGACUUUGAGCCGGCAGUUCUUGAGUUCUACAACACCCGGCGCUUAGUUAAGACCCCCAGUGCAAGUCAGGUUCGGCAGCCCAUCUACAAAGACUCUGUACAGGCUUGGAAAAGGUAUGAGGAUCAGCUUGAAGUGUUGAUUGCUGCACUGCAGGCUAAAGUCGACGUCAAGGUUUGA